AUGCUUGUACAGCGCCGUGGUUCUGGACCUAAUCGAGAUGUGAUGUACUACGUUGUAAGUCUUGGCGUUGUUGCAGUGGGUGUAACGUUUGCAGCAAUUCCAGCAUACAGGAUAUUCUGUGAAAAAACGUCAUUUGGAGGACUAACACAGAUUGCGAAAGACUUCGAAAAGAUCGCCAAAAUGAAGAAAGUUGAAGAUAGAUUGAUUCGUGUGCAGUUCAAUUCCGAUGUUCCAUCGAGUAUGCGAUGGGAAUUCAAGCCUCAGCAACAUGAGAUGUAUGUCCAUCCAGGAGAGACUGCUCUUGCAUUCUAUACUGCAAGAAAUCCUACUGACCGUCCAAUUGUUGGAAUUUCGAGUUAUAAUCUCACUCCUUUUCAAGCAGCUUACUAUUUCAAUAAGAUUCAAUGUUUUUGCUUUGAAGAACAGAUCCUCAAUCCCGGAGAACAGGUCGAUUUGCCCGUUUUUUUCUAUAUUGAUCCUGACUAUGCUAACGAUCCUGCUCUGGAGUAUUUGGAUAAUAUUCUUCUCAGUUACACAUUUUUUGAAGCGAAAUCAGAUCUGCAGUUGCCCAGUCCAUUUGAUCCGAACAAUCGACCUUCAUCCUUAUUUCUGGGCUUAAGAGCUUCGUAUCACAUCACACGGGAAGAAGAUAGCGAAGUUCUCAAGAGGUCCUCUCUCGUCGUGAAUAAAAAUGGUUGUGGAUCUAUGCACGUCCCGCAGUUCGUUGAAGACUUCUUUUCUCUGGCCAAAAAACUGUGCAGUAGUGAUCCAUGUUCGUCCUUCAAAAAGCUUGCGUCUUGUCGACUUGUCGGUGUUUUCGAUGUGCUCAACGGCAGUCUAAACACAGUAGAUGAGAACCAGUUGUUUCUGCAUUAUCGUUAUGCUACUGAUCUGCCCGAGAUGCAAACUGUCCUUGUGUGCGAAAUGGGCAGAUACUGCUUAUGGAGGGACAUUCCAAAUAGCGAAGAAGGCUGGAUCGUCUACGUUCCUAAUGAUGAGCAUUUUCCGAAGAUUGAGCUGGUUGGAAAUCGUAUAGAACAUGCCAUAGUACACCUAUCCGAGAAGUCGAAUGUGGAUGCUGCUGAGUUACUUGCAGAGCUUGGCGACGUCAAAGCUAUAAAACAACAGAUGAAGUCCGCCUGCGCUCUUCGCAAAAAGAAGAAACUGGGGAGUGCCCCGAAUGGUGCAGGACUUUGGGUACAGGUUGUCAACGAUGUUGGAUACCGUCCAAUUUCAGAAGAUGCAGCAAAAAUCCGGAAAACUCUUGAUCUUAUUUGUAAUACCGACGACGACAGUUUGCGAGAAAAGAAAAUGCAGUGGUUGAUGGAAAUCGUCACCUUGUUUGCCAACGACGAAUGUGAUUUUGGAAUGGGUCUGGAACUCGGUCAUUGGGUGUUUCUUGCAAAUCACCCGUCACUGGACAAGAUUGCAUAUCGUAUCCUUUCUACUGCUUAUACUUUGCUGCAACGAUCGGAGUAUAAGAAGAUCCUUGAUGUUCAAAUGGCUCCAGGGAUCCGCAGAAGAAAAGAGCUCGACAUUGUACCGCUUGGAGCAGGACAGGAUGUUGGGCGAUCAUGUAUUUUGGUCACUAUUGGAGGAAGAAAUGUGAUGCUAGACUGCGGCAUGCAUAUGGGUUACCAGGAUGAACGUCGUUUUCCAGAUUUCUCAUAUAUCGGUGGUGGUGGAAAAUUGAACGACUAUCUGUCAUGCGUGAUUGUUUCACAUUUUCACCUGGAUCACUGCGGUUCUCUACCUCACAUGAGUGAGAUCGUUGGAUUCGAUGGUCCAAUCUACAUGACUUAUCCGACGAAGGCUAUAGCUCCUGUUCUUCUGGAGGAUUAUCGCAAGGUCCAAACGGAAUUCAGAGGUGACACCAAUUUCUUCACUUCCGCCAAUAUAAAAGCGUGUAUGAAAAAGGUUAUAGCUGUUAAUCUGCAUGAAACAGUCCAAGUAGAUAGUGAGCUGUCAAUUCGUGCCUUUUAUGCUGGCCAUGUGCUCGGUGCGGCCAUGUUCGAGAUACGAGUUGGUCAUCAAAGUAUAUUAUAUACAGGUGAUUACAACAUGACUCCCGAUCGUCACCUUGGCGCUGCCAGAGUGCUGCCAGGAUUGCGUCCGGAUUGUCUAAUCUCUGAAUCUACUUACGCAACCACAAUCCGUGAUUCGAAAAGGGCACGAGAGAGAGACUUUCUGCGAAAAGUACAUGACAGGGUGACAGCUGGUGGAAAGGUUCUGAUUCCCGUUUUCGCUUUGGGUCGGGCUCAGGAGCUGUGCAUUCUUCUUGAGUCGUACUGGGAACGGAUGGACCUGAAAGUGCCUAUCUACUUUUCUCAAGGACUAGCAGAAAGAGCUAAUCAGUACUAUCGUCUUUUUAUUAACUGGACCAACGAGAAGAUUAAACGUACGUUUGUCGAGCGUAACAUGUUCGAUUUUAAGCAUAUUAAGCCACUAGAUAAGGGUUACGAGGAAAUGCCCGGAGCUAUGGUAUUGUUUUCUACUCCAGGUAUGUUGCAUGGUGGACAGUCAUUGAAAGUGUUCAGAAAAUGGUGUCACGACCCUAGGAACAUGAUAAUUAUGCCUGGUUAUUGUGUUGCUGGCACUGUCGGUGCUAAAGUAAUAGGAGGAAUGAAGAAGAUAGAAAUUGAGGGUAAAAUGCAUGACAUCAAUUUGGGUGUUGAGUACAUGUCGUUCAGUGCGCAUGCGGAUGCCAAAGGGAUCAUGCAGUUGAUCAGAGAUUGCCAACCUCGCACCGUUAUGUUUGUGCAUGGUGAAGCUGCUAAGAUGGAGUUCCUUAAAGUAAAAGUUGAAAAGGAAUUUCGUGUUCCUGUUUUCAUGCCGGCUAAUGGUGAGUCAGUGGUAAUCCCCGGAAUUGCCACUUUAGAGGUUGAUGUUCCUCAGGACAUCGUCCAACGAUGCAUCGAACUUGAUCCUACACCAUCGAAAAAAGCAUGUCCAUUCUCGGCUUGUUUGGUUAUGGACAAGCAGAAUGGUCUAGAAGUGAUCUCUUGCGAAACUGCUGCGAGUAGGUUGCAGAUGCGGUUGCAUUCCAUUACUCUUUCACAGCUGGUAAAAUCUCGAACGACUGUGGAUUGGAGAGCUCUUUCCGAAGCACUCACUAUUCAUGACAGCCAUUUGCAACAUAAACAGGAUGGCAUCGAACUGUUUCAUGGAGAGAUUUGCGUCUUACCAGUGAAAGGGGAUGAAAAUCAGGUGGAAUUAGUUUGGGACGAAUGUAGGGAAGCUUGGCAAUCAGUUAUACUACAAACUAUCCAGGAAACAUUCAGCAAGCAGCCUUUGGUUGUUGUGUGA